UUUGGGCAUGAAAGGGUUAUUUGGGCACGAAAGGGUUAUCGCCUGCUUUCCAUGGCGUUCAGCUUUGCGCUGGGGACUGCCAUCAGUGAAACAGAGACAGGCUGCAGAGCAGCAGAAAGCCUGUGGCAGUCCCAGCAGGAGGCCUGGAUUCCCCACCAGCUGCUGAACCUGGGAGCAAACAUCCCUGUCCCGUGGGAUGGGGAAUGGCUGGCAGGGGCUCUGCUCAGGCUCCAGUCACGUUUGACGAUGUCGCUGUCUAUUUCUCCGUGGAGGAGUGGGAGGAGCUCGCGGAAUGGCAGAAGGAGCUGUACAAGGAUGUGAUGAGGGACAACUACGAGGCUGUGAUCUCGCUGGGCGGCGCUGCUGCCAAACCUGACAUCAUAUCCCAGCUGGAGCGAGGGGAAGAGCCGUGUGUCAGCGCUCACCAGGACUCCAGGGAUAGACACACCUCCGCAAGGGUCUUCACCGCUAGAGCCUUCCGUAGGCCAUCAGCCUUUGUGCACAGUCAGCCCUCCCAGAAAGGAACAGCGAAUUCAGAGCCCUUUCAGGUACAGAAAGUCCAUCUGACACCCCAGCUGCCUCAGCAAAUCAGCCCGUCCUCUGGGCUCUGUCUUCAGUCCCUUUCUAGGGCCACUCUGGAGUCUUUGCCCAGCUCCAGUACUGAGCCCUCCUGAGGUGUCUGUUCUCCUGCAGUUUCUGGCUCAGGCCCCUUCACAGGAGUCCAUUUUGGGCCCCCUUCUCCCCUGCCCCCACCCUGACUGAACGCUCUCAGGUGUGCCUUAAGUUAUCACCUGACACCUCUUAGUCCCACCCCCUCUGGCUGAGAAGCAACCAUUUAAUUAUGACACAGGUGCAGUAGCUGCGACUAACUGGCUUUUAACCCGUUCUAGCCCACGCUGGGGUUUCACCCCAUCACAGAAAGGGACCAUCUCUGUUAUGUGCUUGUACAGCUCCUUGCCCCAUAACCUAUGACUAGGGCUCCUGCAUACAAAUGGAUAAAUAGUAUAAUGUAUCCAGAAUGACCCCCCACCCCAAUGUGCACCUACAGCUCCAUGCACGAGGUUGGUAUCUAGCAGAUGUCCUAUUUUCUUGGCAGACAUCAAUCAUCUCUUUCCACUCUCCCUGACCUUCUGCUUUUUGUCCAGCUAUUUUGUGAGCGUUCGGAUGUUGAAUUGAAUUGGUAUCUUCAUCUCUCUUCUCUGGAGGGCUCACAGAUACUUUGCACCAGAGAGAGAACUUCCCUGGAGGUGGCUUGAUUCACAAGGGUCUCCUACUUUCCUAUCCUGCACGGACCACUUUGUAAGAGAGUCUUUCAUGGACCCAUUUCACCUCCCACUCCCCAGCUCUCCCCUCUUUGGUUCUCAAAUUAAACAUUCUACAGACCAGUUUGCGAAUGACUGAGCUAGAAGGUAGAAACGGCUCCUGGGGUAUUUUUUACGUACUCAUCCAUCCGCCCCACGUGAAGGUCUCAGAAUACAACAAUUUCCACUUCCCCGAGAUGAUCAAGACUUAUUCUGAAUGAAUCGCCCUAAGGGGCAGGGUUUCUGAGCUCCUGCUCUCUCCCAGACACACUGAUGUUCCAGACUUUGGCCUUGACUUACUGCAGUUCCUAGUUGUUCACAUAAAAUUACGGGUGAUUUUUCAAGCUAUUGCUCUGUUCCUUGGGACACAACAGGUCAGAUUUUCAGAAGUCCCAGCAUGAUUGGUGCUGGGGUGUUUUGAAAAUCUGGCCAUAAGUAUCACAGUGGGAGCUGUUGAGUACUUUGGAAUCUCUGACCCUCUUGAGGUGCUGGAAUGGAACCUAAGUUCUUUUGAAAUUCUGGCCUCACCAGCUAGAUUUUCAGAUGUGCACUUGGAGUUACUGUUGGAGCAUGCUCCAACAGUAUCUGCUAAGUUUAACACGGUUUUGUGCCUACACAGAUCCAUCAUCUGCUGACACAGCUCUGAAUACGGCCUUCACAUCCUCACCACGCGGGCUCUCUUCUGCACCCCC